UAGGCAGCACUCGACAUCAGACGCAAUUAGUAUAGACGUCGCAUACGCUGAAUACAUAAACAACCAACAGCUAUAAAUUUGCAACGCCCCAGGAAAAUGCAUUGCAGCAGAACAAGCAAUUAAAACAGAGACCGAGGUCCUGCACGAGUCCUGCCACACACAAAAAUACCGACUACAGAGUACCGUGUACUGUGUACCGCCUAGUGCCUGUCGGUUGUUGUCGUCUGUUGUUGGUUUUUUGGGCUCACUGUGCUCAAAACCUAUUUUGAAUAAUUAAAAUUCCGUAAGUGCUGCUGCAGUUGACGACAACAAAACUUUUGCAACAAUCUGCGGCGAAGGCAACAACCACAACCACGAUAACAACAACAACAAGGUGUGCAACAAUGAAAUAAUUAAUUCAAUGCACCUGAAUACGCCAGCUUACACAUAGAAGCUCCUUCAAAUCCAAUUGAGAACAAUAGCCACAAGCAAAGCAAAGAAAAGCUGAAGCAAAACAACAAAAGCAACAAACAAACAACGCGACGAACAAUUAAAGCAAAUACCGAAAACUAACUAACCAAUCAAGUGGAACAGCAAAAAGAGAGGCAACAACUGCAAAAUGGCGGAACACAGGCCAAUGUCAACAAUUAGCCAAUGCAAGGAUAACCAAAGACAUAUCCGCAAGAGGACACAGCUACCUGUCCUGCCGCGCUCUCUGUCCAUUGUCAUCGCAUUGAUGCUGCUAUCACAGCAGCUCUGGGAGAGCGCAUCCGCCCAGGGUCUUAUGACCAAGCACGAGCCGAUGUUCAUAUCACGUUCGGAGACAUUCAAAUUCAUUGCCGGAGACAUAAUAGUGCUGCCCUGUGAAGUGGCCAAUACGGAACCUUAUGUAGUUGCCUGGAAACGUGGCAUCGCCAUCCUUACCGCCGGCUCCGUCAAGGUGACACCCGAUCCGCGUGUGCGUCUGGUGAGCGGCUUCAAUCUGCAGAUACGUGACGCUGUGCCACAGGAUGCCGGCGAUUAUAUUUGCCAAAUUGCCACUAUGGAACCUCGCGAAAUUACACAUACCGUCGAGAUACUGGUGCCACCAAGGAUUCAUCACAUUAGCACCGGCGGACAUUUGCAAGUCAAAAAAGGUUCAUCAGUGCGCAUUGAGUGCUCGGCCUCUGGUAAUCCAACGCCAAAUGUGACUUGGAGCCGCAAAAAUAAUAUUUUGCCCAAUGGAGAAGAGAAGCUGCACUCGCACGUCCUGUCCAUCGAGAAUGUGGAUCGUCAUAAGGGCGGCGUCUACAUAUGCACCGCCAACAAUGGUGUCGGCCAGCCCGCAUCCAGUCAAGUCGUCCUGCACGUCUUAUACCCACCAGAAAUCUCCGUGGAGCGUCCCGUUGUCUUCUCCGGCGAGGGACAUGAGGCGAUGCUCGUCUGCAUCGUGCACGGCGAAACACAGCCUGAGGUAAUUUGGUUCAAAGAUACCAUGCAAUUGGACACCACCGAGCGCCACAUCAUGGAGAAUCGCGGCUCACGUCACACGCUGAUUAUACGCAAAGUGCAUCCGCAGGACUUUGGCAACUACUCCUGUGUGGCUGAGAAUCAACUUGGCAAGUCACGCAAAACUUUACAGCUCAGCGGAAAACCGAAUGUUGCCGUUUUUAAUUCACCAGCAAUCAGUCAAUACAAGGACAGAUACAACAUCUCCUGGGCAGUGGACUCGCAUACACCCAUCGAAGAGUACAAGUUGUCCUUCCGCAAGCUGCCACAAGGACAUGAGGUCGUUGACAAUGCCAUUGACUCGCAAUCCUCGCUGUCGUCAUCGUCAUCAUCAUCGUCGUCGUCGUCGUCCCACUCAUCCCAAAUGUACGGCUCUGCCACCCACAAUCAUCGCAUUGGCAGCAACUUGGGUAACUAUGGUGGCUAUGGCAAUCUGAUGCACUGGGGUCACAAUGAUUGGCGCGAUGUUGUGCUCCCUGCUGUCCCCCUCUCACACCACUACACGCAAGGCAUGAGCUACAUGGUGCGCGGACUUGAUCCCGAUCAACAGUAUGAGGCCACAGUGCAGUCCCGCAAUCGCUAUGGCUGGAGCGACUUGACCAACAGUUUUUUCUUCUCCACGUCAUCAAAUGAUGUACUUGUCGAUCUGUCAACAUUCUUAAAUCACGGUCAGUCAGAUAACGAGAUGCGAGACCUGAGUGUAACGUUCUAUGGCAGCGGCGCUGUGAAUCGACAGAAACUGAGCCUCAUCACAUUAAGCGGAGCCACGCUGAUGCUGCGAUUAAUCUUGGCUUAGAUCUAUAGUACCAUCUACAAAUUAGUUUAAUUUGAUUUAAGUAACGAAUUUCACCGCCAAUAGCAUUAAAAUGGAUGGGUUAUGAUUUGAUCAGUUAUCACAAAGCAAAGGAACAAUAUUCAAAACACAGUCGAGUUGUAACUAGCUUAAGGACAUAACAUAAUACGAGUAUGUACUGCAAAAACACAUAAAACAUUAUUUCUCUCAAACGCUCUCAAAUUUUGCAUUUUCAUCCAACAAACAACCAAACAAACAUUUCAUAUGCAAAAGAACUUUAUUCGAAUGGAAAACACUUAAGCAAGUAACAUUUAAAUGGAACCAUAUAAGUAUACAUACUUACUUACGAUACAAUCAAUGUAAUAGCAUAAGACAUAAGCGAGACACUGUGCAUUCUAGAGAUGGCACUCACUGUGCAUAUAAAAUCAUAAUUACCCAUAAAUACAUUCAUACGAAAACAUUUCAGCAUUUCAGCACUCGAACAACACGUAACUCAAAUUAAGUGUAAAUAGAUUUUAUUGCAUACUUUUAGGAGUAGGCAUCAAUUGCACCAAAGAAAGUAAAACCGACAAAACCAAAGACAACCUAAUGAAGAGCGACGAUGAUUUAAUUGAUAUAAAUAAAUACACACACACAUGCACACUUGCACACACAAUCUCUUGCAUAGUUUGUAUCUAUAAUAAUGUUUAGUUAAACAGCAGAUAUGCUAGUGUGUGUGCGUGUGGUUGUGUGUGUGUCGUAAGUAUCUGGUAUCUUGUAUAUGUUAAUUUAAUUAACAUUCCAGAGCAUAGCCAAUUAUUCAUACUUACACACAAAAGCUGCGCAACUAAGUGUAUUUUCUCAUUCUAACACAUUCAUUUCCAUAAUUUAAGAUGAAAUUGCAACUGAAACAAUUUCGGUUUGAAUUUCCAAUUACGAAAUGCUAAACGCAUAGUCGCAGUUUUUCAAAGCUUUUUGCUAUUUUGAUGUCUGCAUGUAGAGUAUAAAACUAUGUCUGUAAUUAAGUAGCAUAAAUUAGCAACAAAGUAAUCGAAUACAUUUUGAUUUCUAUUUGUAAAUUACAUAAAUACACUUUGACACACUCACACACUCACACACUCAACACUCAAAACUCACUCUUAGUCUAAUGCUUUGUAUUACAGUUAGCGAGUAAGUGUAAAUAAUACGAUUUGAAAUUGGAAAAGCAGCUUAAAUGGCCAAGUAAUGGAUAUAUAAAUAUAAAUAUAUUUAGCAAAUGAUAUUUAUACAAAUCUUAAAUGCAUUCAACUAUAAUAUUGAAAUAGGGUGUUGCGGUCAUGGUGAUUUGUUUCUUCCAAUAUUCCAGUAUUUCUUUUGUAAAUAAAUCGCACCCAAUUCAACAAUGUACUCAAAAAAAACAACUUCUUAAAUGUACUUUUUUAGAUAAGGAAACUACACAAAAUGUUGCUUUAUAAGGCAGAGGCACCAUUCUCGCAUUUGGUUUAAUGAAAGCUGGCACCUGACCGAGCACCCUGUAUUAUCAGUUUUAGCAAAUUUAAAGCUAGGUAAAAUAUUCACUUUAGUCAAAUGCAUAAGUAAAAUCAUAUAAAAUAAAUUAUAAAUUAAAGAAAUGUAUGUAAACACGUAAAUUGAUUUAAGACAUGCAAACAAAGCGAAAAACAAGAAUGAAAACAAAUAAACAAUUUACUCAAACAGCUUUUAAAAGAUUUAAUUAAAACGAAACAAAAAGUCAUUUGAAUGCACAAAGGGCUGCCAAUAAAAAAUAAAGUAAAAAAACAUACAAAAAAUAAUUUAAAUUGCAAAAAGAAACGAAAUGAAAGGAAAAGAAAAGAAAUGAAAAGAAACCACAAAAUGGUAUAAAAUUGUAUGUUUACUUAAAUCUCAAGGCCAAAAUGAAGAACGAGCAAGGCAAGCGUAUUUAUAAUUAUAUUAAUAUAUAGUGCGUCACAGAUAUAUAUAUGUAUAUAUAUACCAAUUAUUCGUAUAUACAUACAUACAUAUACUUGCAACAAAAUGAAAACGAAAAGCAAAACAAAGAAAUGAAAUCGACAUAUGAAGAAAGAGAACACUUAAAUAUUAUUAACGAUGCAAUUUUUUUGCCAUUUUCAAAAGUAAUAUUUGCGAUUUCGUUUCCCAUUUCCCCCAAAGUAAAAUAUCCCUCAAUUCCUCGACCCCACCCCGUGUCCCACUGCCCAUUGUCCCAUUGCUUGGGCCUACCCAAUGAUAGGUAAAUACAAUUUAUAAUAUAAAAAGAUGUUCUAGUAUAUACAUAUAAAUAUAAAUAUAUGUGCGUUUGUAUGUGUAAUUUACAGCAUUUAGUUAUAUGUAAACUUAAACUUAAUUGUAUUUAGUUUAUGCAAUAAUAAACCAAACCAAACGAAAUCUGUGUACAACUCUACUUUCCGAAAUCAAUAGUUGAUUAUGAUGAUGAUGAUGAAGACGUUGAUGAUGAUAACCCACAAAAUGAACAUUUUUCUGCAUUCGAUGUAUAUGUAUAUGUGACUAGAAGCGUACUCGUAUGUGUAUGUAUAUGUAUAUUUGAUUAUUUUGUAAACAUUUUUCAAACAACUACAAAUAAAUAAAGUCUAUAUUAAC